AUGGCGGGCUUCUUCCGAAGCAGCGCAACGCCUGCGGGCAGGACGGAUGUAAACAGUCUGUACGGUGGCGCAGCCAACCAGCCGCCUUUACCGGCGCGGGGCAUGUCGCGCAAGCCCGUGCAGGCAGCCGGCGAGCUCCCGCAAGCGCCGCAAUCUGCCCAGACGAGACAGCCGCACAUAUUUCGCGUCGUAAAAUCGCCCCAGGCGCUGAAUACGACGAAUUGCGUUAUCCUCAAUCCACAGGACUGGGGCAACACGCGGUAUGUCACCAUCAAUGGCAGGUUCACGUUCACUGCGCGCGCCGACACGACCAAUACUGUGCCGCGCGGCUCGGUUGGUACGGCGCUCCUGCAGCGGCAGUGGGCCGCGCUCAGCUCCGAUGGCCAGGAUGUCACUGUAGAGGUGUUUGACCCAAAAGUGUACGGGUCUGCACUUUACCUAGGCAGCGUCGAUGUCGAGCUCGACUUUUUGAGUCGCAGCAUGGCCGUCGCCCAAGUGUUUGAUGCGGAGCAAAUGCAGUCUAUUUUCCAGCGCGUGUUUGAAAGCUAUCUGUUUUCUAUCGGCCAAGUUCUUGUGUUCGAGUUCCAAGGGCACAAUUUGCGCGCGACGAUCCGCGGCCUGAGCUCCGCGGACGGCACACCAAGCGCUGUGGCCGGCAUCGUGAUGCCCCAGAGCCAGAUCACAUUUUUCCAGGCCCCCAACUCGCCGCUGCAGAUCAAGGGGAGCAGAAAACGCGCGCGCCCAAAUGCGAUUCUUCAGCCAAAUUUCAAGUUUGAGGACAUGGGAAUCGGUGGUCUGGACACCGAAUUUAGUGCGAUUUUCCGGCGUGCGUUUGCCUCGCGCAUUUUUCCCCCCGAACUCGUCGAGAAGCUGGGCAUCCAGCACGUGAAAGGUCUGAUGCUUUACGGUCCUCCCGGUACGGGUAAGACGCUCAUGGCGCGCCAAAUUGGCAAGAUGCUGAACGCACGCGAGCCAAAAGUCGUCAACGGCCCUGAAAUUUUGAGCAAGUACGUCGGUGCGUCGGAGGAAAACGUGCGAAAGCUGUUCCAAGACGCAGAGGCGGACGCCAAGGCCAAAGGCGACGACUCGGAUCUGCACAUUAUCAUUUUCGACGAGCUCGACGCGGUCUGCAGGCAGCGUGGUACGACGGGCGGCGGCACAGGCGUCGGCGACUCGGUAGUGAACCAGCUGCUCUCGAAGAUGGAUGGUGUGGACCAGCUGAACAAUAUCCUGAUCAUUGGCAUGACCAACCGGCUCGACAUGAUCGACGAGGCUUUACUGCGUCCCGGCCGUCUCGAAGUACACAUGGAAAUCAAUCUCCCCGACGAGCACGGCCGCUUGCAGAUUAUCAAUAUCCAGACUGCCAAGAUGCGCGAGAACAGCAUCAUGGAUGCAGACGUAAACUUGUCAGAGCUUGCAGCGCUCACGAAAAACUUUUCCGGCGCCGAGAUCGCGGGGCUGGUGAAGAGCGCGACGAGUUUUGCGUUCAACAGGCACGUCAAAGUGGGCACCAUGGCGGGCAUUGGGGACGAUGUAGAAAACAUGCGCGUCAAGCUCGAGGAUUUCCUGUGCGCGCUCGACGAAGUCAAGCCUGCGUUUGGCGUCGCGGAAGAGGAGCUGCAGCAAGUGGUGCCAAACGGCGUGAUGCACUUUGCACCGCAUAUUGACAACAUCCUCCGCGACGGCCAGUUGCGUGUCGAGCAGGUUCGCACCAGCGCCCGUACCUCGCUUGUCACUGCACUCUUGCACGGACCGUCAGGCUCGGGCAAAACGGCACUUGCCGCGACGAUUGCGCUUGCGUCCGACUUCCCGUUUAUCAAGCUUAUUGCGCCGGAGAAUAUGGUCGGCAUGAACGAACUGGCCAAGAUUUCCUACUUGAAUCGCGUAUUCAACGACGCAUACAAGAGUCCGCUGAGCAUUAUUGUGGUGGACAGCAUCGAAAAGAUAGUCGAGUGGGUCCCGAUCGGCCCGCGCUUUUCCAACCCUGUGCUACAGACGCUUGCUGUGCUGCUUGGCAAAGCGCCGCCCAAAGACAGGCGCCUCUUGGUUCUUGCCACCACGUCGAACAAAGCGAUGCUCAACGAUAUGGACUUGUCUGACGCAUUCCUCGCCGACAUACGCGUCCCGUCGAUCACCUCUUUGCGUAGCAUUGACCACGUUUUGCGCGAGACGCAGUUGUUUGGCUCGGAAGAGGCCCAUGUACGCUGCAUGGAGCUCCUCGCAGGCGCUGGCCUCGAAGGGCGCAUCUCCAUUGGCAUUAAAAAGCUGCUUUCCGAGAUUGAAAUGGCACGUCUCGACGACGAUCCAGCGGACAAACUCACUGCCGCGCUCAAUUUUAUGUAG